AUGAUGGAGGCAAACAAGACGCUGGUGACUGAAUUUGUUCUCACAGGACUUACAGGUCUUCCAAGGCUGUAGGUGCCCCUGUUCCUGGUGUUCUUGGUCAUCUACCUCACCACCAUGGUGGGCAACCUUGGACUGAUUUUUCUCAUCUGGAAGGACCCCCAUCUUCACACCCCCAUGUACUUAUUCCUGGGCAGUUUAGCCUUUGCAGAUGCUUGUUCUUCAUCCUCUUUGACUCCUAAGAUGCUUAUGAUUUUUUUAUCUAAGGAUCAUAUCAUAUCCCUUGUUGAAUGUAUCACCCAGUUUUAUACUUUUGCUUUUAGUGCCACCACAGAAUGUUUCCUCCUGGUAGUGAUGGCCUAUGACCGCUACAUAGCCAUAUGCAACCCCUUGCUUUACUCAGUAGUGAUGUCCAAUAGAUUCUGCACUUGGUUGAUAAGUGUGUCAUAUGCAGUUGGUUUUCUGCAUCCUAUAAUUCAUGUAGGAUUAUUAUUUAGAUUAACUUUCUGCAGGUCCAAUAUAAUCCAUCAUUUCUACUGUGAAAUCUUGCCACUUUUUACAAUUUCUUGCACUGACCCAUCUAUUAAUGCUUUGGUGAUUUUUAUUUUUGCCUCUUUUAUACAAGCUUUUACUUUGAUGAUCAUCAUAGUCUCUUACACAUGUGUGCUCUUUGCCAUCCUGAAAAAGAAGUCUGAAAAGGGCAGGAGCAAAGCCUUGUCCACGUGCAGUGCCCACCUGCUCUCUGUUUCCUUGUUCUAUGGCACUCUCUUCUUCAUGUAUGUGCGUCCUGGGUCUGGCCCAGAUCAAUAUCAGGAUAAAAUGUACUCACAGUUCUACACGAUUACAAUUCCCCUGCUAAACCCCUUUAUCUAUAGCCUAAGAAACAAGGACGUUUUAGGUGCACUUAGAAAAAUAACAAAGAAAUAA